AACAAACCCGCCAGUCUCACUGACGGUUUGCUUGCACCAUGCGGUUACGUCCAAAACUGCCCCUUGGAUAAAUAGUUUUAAAACCACCCCAUCUAAGAAAAAAGUUUUUAAAACUAACCCAAAUGGGGAAAUUUGGCUUAAUCCCUACUAUCAUCAGAAUUCCUCUGUCCCCUUAAAUCUCUUCAAAGAAAAUCUUCUUUCCCUUAAACCUCUUCAAAGAAAAAUUGACGGCGUGAAAUCAAGUGCGUAAGCGUAAGCGACUUCACCUAUCGUUUUUAUUUUGGCCGAGUUACUUCACCUUUCGUUUUCACUUCCCAAUUUCUUCUCUGCGAAUUUUCGCGCCUAAAAAAACACCCAAUUCCGCAUCCAUUCCUUCCUUCAUACUCGCUGUUCUUGCCUCUGAUUUUGCACCUUCUCCAAUUUUCUCAGCGUCCUCAUUCUUGCAAAACUGAUUUGAUUCAAUGAUUAGGAGGUUUCAAAAUAGAAAUGACUGGAAUGCUAGAUCGUUUAGAGGUUUCCGUCAGAGGCAGUUUAACUACCAUGACCAAGUUCCUCAUAAGAUUGGUGGAGGCAAAACAGGUAAUAAAUAUAUGAAGACAAAUGAUGGGUUAAGAAGACCCAUGGAAUCAUCUAAACAUUAUAUUGAUUCUCCAUGGCCAGCUGUGACAUAUGAUAUAAUGGCACCAUCACCUGUGGUGGGGUCUAGUUUCAAGCUUGUAUAUCAGCAAAUCUUAGACUCACAGGCUCAAUUAUUGGAAGGCAAAGAAUAUCAUAAGAUUCAAAAUCCUACUGUAGAAACAAAUGAUCAUCCACAUGCCCCUGCAGAUUCUAAUAUUUACACCCAACCAGAAGAUGUGAGUUCUGAUUCUGCAGCAAGAGAACUAAGACCACCAAAAGUGGGAUACUGUAAAAUUUGUGAGGUUCAUCUACCCUAUUGCAAAACAUUGGAAAUGCAUAACCAAGAAAAUAGUCAUCAAAGAAUAUUGAAACUAUAUGAGGAAAUACAGAGACUAAAAACUUCAAAUGGGCAGAGGCCGAAUUCUCAAAAGAAUUUGGUAGUUCUACCUAAGACAGUUCAUAUAUCUGGGAAAAAUGGUCACCCACAAAAAAAUAUGAGUUCAGAAGCUAGUAUUUUGAAGCACAAGAAUUACCUGAAGAAAGGUAUGGGGCUGACUUGUGAAAUUCCAGCUAAAGGACCUGAAGUGAAACCUAGGGAUAAUAGUGGGGCACAGGGUCAUGGUUUCAAGCAGAAUAUUAGGGGUCCCAAAAUAGGUAAAUCAAGUUUCAAGCUACAGUCUCAACGCAUUUUAGCUUCACAGACACCUGUAUCAGAACACAAAGAACAUGCUAUACAUAUUGGAACAGAAUCCCAAUUAUCAAAAGACACAGCAGAUUGUGAGAACCAAAGUUGUACUGAUGAGAAAAACAAUCAGCUGCUGCCAUCAAUUGUAGUGGAGUUCAAUUCCCCUUCAGGUUCCAGUACUAACACCCAAACUACAGAUGAAUGUUCUAAAGCUGAACAAAGGAUAGAGAUUCUCACCCAUCAGUCAGGGACAACUCAGCUGUCUCAGGUAGCUGUUUGUCUUCAGUGUGGCAAUGCAGGAUUUCCAGAGACACUUGUGUUUUGCAACAAGUGUCAGGUAUAUGCACUUCAUAGGUAUUGUUUAGAUGGGCCUGUGAUUUUUACCGAUGAUGUUACUUGGUUUUGUGAGGAUUGCGAAGCAAAGGUGACAUCUUUUCAUGAUAGUUGUACUCUUCUCCCAUCUGGAAAAAAAAUCUCUCUAAAUUCGGGAAAUGAUGCAUCUCAAGCCAGAAUAGAGCCAAAAAGCUGCAUAGAGAGUGUAAAAAACAAGCAAGAGCCACAAAAUAUUAUAGCUAAAACAAUGGUGCUGUUAUCUGAUAAUCACAGUUUGUCUCAUCAUGGGUUGUCUCAAUGCAUUAACAACGCUGAAAAAGAAAAUAAGUUUGAGAAAGAGUUUCAACCAGAUCCAAAAGAUGAAGCUAAUACUAGUGAGUCUUUAAAUGCUACUGUUCCAUACCCUAUUGCUGAUCCAGUCUGGAGGGGAAGUUUGCGCAUCUCUGACCCAAGUUUUGGUACUGUCAUUGGUCUUCUGGCCCAUGUGUCCACUUUAGCAAGCCCCAAAGUUCUGGAGGAGACAAGAUUUUUCCCUGAUGUGCUUUGCCCAGACUUGCGCCCAAGAACUGCGGUGUGGCCAAAGUCUUUCAUGAAAUGUGGACCAAAUAUGGAUAGCAUUGCUCUUUAUUUUUUUCCUGAUAGUGAAAGAGUUGAGAGGGCCUUUCACAAGCUGGUAGAGGACAUGAUGUACUUUGACCUUUCCUUAAGAACAGAGGUUGAAAAUGCAGAGCUUCUAAUUUUUCCUUCUAUAUUACUCCCUAUUCAAUGCCGAAGAUUUCAAGAAAAGUACUACUUGUGGGGUGUCUUCAGAGCAAAGAAACCAUCACUGUAAAAAUGGUUUGGUAUGUGGUGGAGAGCUUACUAGUAUUGAAAAGACCUUAAACCCUUUAGAAACAACAGAGUCCCUUCAAGACAGAGGACUUGUGGUAGUUCUAGUACAGUUAAUUCAGUGUCUAUACCCAUUUUUUAUAUAAUGUGAAUUAGUACAUUAUAGUUUGCA